AUGCCGUCCUUCAGCACUUCAACGGCAGUGCUAACUUUAGCUAUCCUUCUGCUUCUGGCACGUCCAGCUCAUGCUUUCGGUGCAGGGAAUAUUGCCAGUGUGUCAAAGGUGGAAGGACUGAAUUGGCGCCAUGGAGAUAUUGAGGAUACAUUAUUGACACUCAUGAUGUCAAGAGCUGCAGGCGGGAAAAAGUUUGACAAGAUGAAUGUAGCCAGAGUUUACUUUGGUAAUUGGUUGCGCGAUUACUCACAGGCAAUCGAUGUUGGCACCGUCAAAUAUGUUUCCGCCGAAGCUAUCCGCAUUCUCCUCUGGGUCCUCGGAUUCAUGACUUUCGGAUACGGGACACGCGAGUUCGAAGUUACUGCAGAAAGACUUGGCUGCUACCGCCCAGAAGACCAUAUCGAUAAUCCUAAAGACUAUGCAGAUAACCUUGAUGCUACACAAUAUGAUCCUAGACUUCGUGGGCCGGUCAAUGAACGCGUAGAACUGGCUAUUGAUCCGAGAACUGGAUUGAAGAACUAUAUUGCAAACGAGCAAGCUGGUAUUAUGACCUCUGCUUUGCAUGUCCGUCAACUAUUUGGAAGAUGUAUCCAGCUGGGCAGAUCGUAUGCUCGAAGCAGGAAUAAGGAUGAGCUUUACGAGUCCUUACGUCUUCUUGGUACUGGUCUUCAUUGCCUCGAAGAUUACUCUGCACAUAGCAACUACACUGAAUUGGCUCUCAUUGAAAUGGGCGAGCGUGACGUCUUCCCUCACGUUGGUCGCAAUACAGCCAUCCGACUCCAAGGUACCCAGCAUCCAGUCUAUCCAAUCGUAACAGGUACAUUUGGAGGAGUAGACUUCCUUCACUCCGUCAUGGGCGAAUUCGACGACAAAGCAACACAAAGUGAGCUCCAAGAACUCGAAGGUUCCUUGCAAGAAGGUAAUCGUGCCGACACAAGCAUGUUGAAGGAGCUUCUCAGUUCUGUCCCAUCUGGUCUCUUUGGCGGCAAAGACGAAGCUGGCAAAGCUGAUGAGCUCCAAACAAAUGCAACGGCUGCUCAAAUGAGCCAGAUGCGAGUCUCUCCUCGUCAACCUGAAGCUUGGACUAGGCAAAUGCAGCAGGUAUCUAAGGAGAUCUAUCCCAUCAUUCAAUGGCAUGAUGAGAUUAUGCAAGGUAUCACGGAGACUAUCGAGAAAAUCCCAAUUCUUCCAGACCUGAUUGAGAACAUCGAGAAUCAAGUCAACAUCUUCGUCUUCUCACUACUAGCCCCCUUUGUUGUUCCAAUCAUCGAGCAGAUCAAAACCGAACUCAAUGAAGGCUCCUCGGAAAUCAUCCAAAGCAGCAAAGAAAAGCAGCUCAUCGUUUUCAACGAUCCCAAUUCCUCAGAUCCCACGCACUCUAUGCUCUCCAAAGAUCACUUCUCCAAUGUUCUUAACGAACCAGCCGGUAAAAUCGCCUCCCAAGUCCUCAAAUGGGUCGUCCCCCAACUAAUGCUCGCCAUCGACGACGAGCGAAUCGACCCCAACCGCACGAUAACCCGCAUCAUCAACGGCGUCUUCCACCACCCAGCUCAACGCGCCUUCGGCGACGAUGGGGCAUCAGAAGGUCGGCAUCUCAUGUUCUCUGUCGUGGAGCAAUGGUGGCGCUCAAAGAGCCAGUACGAGCAGAAUGAUCUCAGGAGACAGUUGAGUAGAGACGGAGUCAUGAACGGCGAGAAUCACAAAGAAGGUGUUCACGACACAGGCCAUGGAUGUGGAAAGCCCCUCGGGAUGGCCAAAUCUGCUACUGGUGCCGGAGGCUCUGGAUUCCUUUCCUCUGCUCUCGGAGGCGGAGGCGGAAACGACGAAAUCAGCAAGUUCGCCGAAGAAGCUGUUGGUGGUGGAGCACUGGGUACCAUCGUCUCUGGACUCGCCGGCGCCGUGGGCGGAAGCUUGCUAUCUGGCGCAUUUGGCGGUUCGAAUGAAGAACAACCUGAAAGUCGAGCGUUUACAGGCCAGGGAUAUACGGCCGGAGGAGGCUUUACGCAGAAUUAUACGGAAGUGGGACAUAGUGGGAAUCAGUACGCGCAAGCGCAGUAUAGCGAGACGGCGUAUCCCGGUGGAGGUAGGGAGACGGAGUAUAAGCGGUUCGAGCAGGAGGAGAGAGGCGGUGGCUAUGGGUUUGAAGAGAGGGUGCAGACGCAACCGAGCUAUGGAGGGGGUUUUGAGCGGACGACGGAGAGGGUUACGCAGAGGCCUGGGUUUGAGGCUGAGACGGAGGUUUGGAGGGAGCAUAAAGAGAGCGAUAGUGAUGAUUCGGAGAAGAGGAGAAGGAACCAUCAUCAUAAGAAGCAUCAUAGUGGGAACGUCGAGGAGUUUGAGGCUAGGAGGGAGGAUUUUGGUGGUGGGUAUCAAGAACCUCCGAGACAGCCUGAAUAUGGCAGGAAUGAGGAGUAUGGAGGACGAGGAGGUUUUGGUGGGGGCUAUCAAGAACCACCAAGACAAGAAUAUGGAAGUAGAGGCGGCUUCGGGGGAGGAGGUGGCUUUGGUGGAGGCUAUACCGCGCCCUCACGCCAGCCAGAAUAUGGCAGGAAUGACGAAUAUGGCGGUAGUAGAGGUGGAUUUGGAGGUGGAGGCGGCUUCGGUGGCGGUUAUACAGAACCAUCGAGACAGCAGGGAUAUGGCGAGAGGGGAUUCGAGGAUCCGCCUAGAGAGCAGGAAUAUGGUGGCGGAAAUGAAGCUGGCUGGGGUGAGAGGGAGAGAGAAGAGGAAAGAGAAGAAGAAGAGUAUGUUGAGGAGAGAAGAGAGGAGGAGAGGGAGGGUGUACUGGACCGCGUCAUCACUGAGGAUGCCUCUCUCACCGAAUCGCCUUACACCAAAGUCAUCGACCGAUUUACUAUCGAAGAGGAGAGAAAGCUGCUGACCCAACGUCAAGAAGAUGCCAAGCAGAGACUAACUGAACUUGGUGCCGAAGUUGGUGUUACACCCGUGGAGGGAUUGAUUGUUGACGAUGUGCAAGAUGACGAGCAGGACAUGGGUGAACAAGAGGCCAAGCAGUUGGAUGUUAAGGGCAAUCAGACAAACUCCGAGCUAUUAACAAACAACAUUGGUGAUAGAGGGUUGCGGAUUGUCAGAUAG